CUCAAUGUUGAUUUGAGCGGCAAUAUACUCCUCACACGCCUCUUCCUUCCACAAUACGAUUCACAAACCCUAAUUCAUCAAUCGGCUCCUUUGAUUAAAUAGGUAUUGGGUGCGGAUCUAAACCAGACCCAUGGACAAACAUCCUAUAGAGAGAUGGUGAUGGCAACCUCAGAUGACGAUGGUGAUGACAGUGGCACAUUCAGGUACCAAUGACGAUGGUGAUGGCAGGCUGAGGCGAUAAUAGUGAUGACAACGGCAGACCAUUCAAUUCCACUGUCGCUCAUAUUUAAACCCUGUAUGGAUAGUACUUCUUUUUUUAAUUCUUACAUAAAUAUAAUUUUUCAACAAUUUCUUUGAUUUCAUCAGGUUAGUGAAUAUCAUCACGAUUUUUUUCGAUUUCAGUUUAUUCAAACUAUCAAUUUCAGUUUGUACACUGUUUAUCUUUAUUUUUUUCUAAUCUUUUUAUUGUUAAGACGCGGGCUACUAGCUCAUAAGGGGCUAGAUACUAAGAAGUUGCUACCGAUCUGAAUCAUUGGAGUUGAAGGUGUUAGUUUAUAUAUAAUAGAUUUUGGUGGUAAAUGGGAAUUGUGUAUGAAAUAAAUAGAUGCAUAUAAAAUUGUCUCACAGGUUGAUGAAUCUGUUGCAGAUUUUGGACUUUGGCUCUGCAAAGCCUGAUUUCGGAACUGAUUUUGGCCUUUUUCAUAUAAAAUUGUCUAAUAGGUUGAUGGAUAUGAGUCUUGAAGCAUCAUCUGAUGGAUUUGACUGCAAGAUUUUGUUUUUGGAGGAGGGUGUAUAUGUCGAUGCUACCGGUAGUGCUUCACUAUAUGUGGCCACAAAUGAUUCUGUUUAUCAGGUUGAUUGAUAUGGGUCUUGAAGCAUCAUAUGAUGGAUUUGACUGCAAGAUUGUGUUUUUGGAGGAGGGUGUAGAUGUUGAUGCUACCGGUAGUGCUUCACUAUUUGCAGCCACAAAUGAUUCUGUUUAUCAGUACACCGGGAAGAUGUUGGAGGAAAUGGCAGAGUUUUGUGUAUGGGGAAUGGUUUCGGGACCAAGUCAAGGCGGACGGAGUAGCGAUGAUACGUGAUAUUUUUGGCAGCCAAGUUGGAGGUAUUAGGCGCCUGAAAUCGGUGGCCAAAAGGUACCGAAUAGUAGUGAUUUUGGGAUGCCAAGCAAACAUCACAUGG